AUGGCCUUUGUCAGAGCAAAGAGUCUCUCAGCUCUCCGGGCCCCCCUACCAACGUUUCAAGCAGCGAGCGCAGGGAUGUUGCUCAUAUUGAGUCUCUUCGUAGCUUCGGCCUCGGCCUACGACGGCAACAUUUGUUGCAUGAAAGCCGCGCGAGUGCAUGACAGACGGAUUGCCUUGGACCAGGACCCUUGGGAUGCGUGCGCCCUGAACGACACCGAUACCUACGCUGGAGGGACCACAUUCCCUUCGGUAAACGUCACCAUGGGAUGGUGCAAAGCAAACUGUCCUGGCAGCCAGCAAAGCGACUUAUCGCAGUGGCUGCAGCCGCUGACCAGUUGGGUCGUGCCUUAUAUCGGUCUUCUCCUCCUAUGUCCUUUUGGCGGAAUCACGAAGUCGAAGCCAACGGGAACAAUGACGAAGCCUGCCUAUGCCUGGAGAUGGUUCUGGCAGUUUGUGCGAGGAUAUACUCAAGAGUGGAUCAAUUUGCUGGGCGACCCAGCAAGUGCCAUCUUUGGUGCUUUUUCAGAAAUUCGGUCUGAUGUGAUAAUGUUGCGUGAGAUCAGCAUAGCGCGUCGUCAAUCCAAGAGACCGUAUUUGCGGCACACCCCUUGGCUUGAACUUCUGAAAUGGGUGGUCAUCCUAGUUGGCGACACUGAAUUUACUCAAGGCAGUCAUAGGCAAGAUACUGAAAUAGAGAUGGCCCAAGCACAAAAAGGUCGAAUGGUUGACCACAUGCUCGCGAGCAAGACGGAGUAUGAACACAACGCACUGGUCUCGCCAGAGCCUGAUAGAGGAGUGGAUGACACAUCCCCAGAUCGAAUGCUGGUGGAAAACGCCAUCAAGACUCUCGUCGAAGCCCGCACCGACUUCUUCAAGGCCGUCUUCUUGCCUACAAUCCUCUUCCUCGCUGUGACAGCGUCGAUCUUCUAUGAUGCUUACACCCUGCUCGGUGAUACUGACACUGCAAAUGGAUUGGCUUGUGGAAUCUGGUAUUCUUGGUUGGUGAUUCUCUCUGUCGCCGCAAACUGCUUCGCUGGCAGUGUGAAUGCAGGCUUGACCAAGACGACGCUGGGUCGAUAUAUCGAUCUGAGUGAACGGAGUCUCCCGCUACGCGAGCGGUAUUUCAACAGUAUGCUAUGGGAUGAAUGGUUGGCGCGCAUCCAGACAAACCCACAAGAGACUUUGUCCGAUUUACGCCCGACAGAUAUACUAUUGCUCCACGUAAAGGACGACAAUACUGUUUUCUUGGAAGCACGCCAGAAAGUCAAAUCCUCAUCGAUCACUAUAGGUAACGGACUUCAACUGCUCAUCGGGCACAGCUGUGCAUGGCUGUGCGUUGCGACACCAGUCGCGGGAGCCUUUAUUAUUUCAUAUAACACUCCUACUGUCGGUUUGGAUUGUUUGUCAUUCAACUUCCUCGUCUAUGGAAUCCUUGCCUUCGUCACUCCCGCCCUUCAUGUCGCCUACCAGUGGACCCUUCGCAAUAAGGGAAACAAAUACAUGAAAGCAGCGCUUAAGACGACCUACUGGCUCUUCGUCUGUGCCAACGCAGCGGUCCUCACUAUUGGCACCGUAUUGCAAUUAGCUGGCGUCUACCGGAGCUGCCAGUGCCAACUCCUGUUCGCCUCGGAAUCCGACCUCAUCGAAGUGAACCGCAACACUCCUCUAGCGGUUGAAAAUGCAAAGAAAUACUGGCUUCCAGUGGGAUACGUGGCAUUUGGACUUGUUUGGGUGGUUUGUGGCCUUGUGACGGCAGCAAGGGCGUAUAUCACAGUUCACAUUGUCGAUACGGAUCGGUAG